AUGAAAAGGCUAUUAAUCCUGGAGCACUUUUUCCCUCCUACCAAGACUAAUGCGCUUAAGAAGGAAAUCAGUGGUGCAAAGCAGGAGUAUGAUGAGUCCUUAAGCGCUUAUUGGACCAGGUUCAGGAGAUUGGUGGACAGCUGUCCGAACCACAAAUUCUCUGAAGGAGAUCUGCUGCAGUACUUCUAUCAGGGGAUGACCGUGGAUACUAAAAACCUUGUGAAUUCAUCGAGUGGAGGAGGGUUUUCCCAGAAUACUGUGAGUGAAGCCAAACGAUUGAUUCAGCACUUGGUGGAUGCAACGAGGGAGUAUGAUGAGCCACGCAUUCAAAUGCUCAAGAAAGCUGCGCAAGCAAACUCCUCAAAUUUGGAUGACAAGUUCGAAGAGAGAUUGGGAAGGAUAGAGAGAAUGCUAAGUACGGUGGUGGAGAAAGUUGCAACUGCUGGACAACCAACAGAAAAGCCAUGUGGAGCAUGUGGUAAUCCAAGCCACACCAGCCUGCAAUGCACAGGAGAUGAGGAAGAAUAUCAAGCCCAAGCGAAUUCUUCCCAUAAUUUUUACAGCUGCGACGCGCCAUUGCCCUCUUUGCCCAAACGGGACCAGUUCUUAAACAAUCACAAUGCGCCAUGGAGAAACCACCCCAAUUUUCGUUGGAGGGAUCCAGAGCAGAGGCAACAACAGCAGCCACCAGCGAUGAAACCGCCGCAGCAGCAGAACUACCGUAAUGUGCAACAACUUCAACAAUCUCAAGCCGAGCAGAAGGUGCAAAUCAAAGGACUAUCCCGUCAGAUGUCUCAGCUCGCCACAUCCAUGAAUCAACUUAAGGGAAAUAAUGGAGCUUUACCAUCUCAAGUUCAUGUGAAUCCCAAGGAGAAUGUCAACAAAAUCACAUUGAGGAGUGGUACUGAGUUGAACGGACCAACACCCAAGAACUCUCAAAAUGGUCCGCAGGUAGAUUCUAGAGUCGAGUUUUGUAUGGAAGAAUUCAAACGUUCUGUUGGUACGACGGAUCCAUUCACUCAGUCAGCAGAACAACCCGGUUUGGCCAAACAGAGCAGAGAAGUGAACAGUCAGAGCAGAAAAGCCAAUAGCCAGAGCAGAGGAGCCGAAUGCCAGAGCAGAGAAGCCAACAGUCAGAGAAGAGGUUCGACAGAUAAGCAGAAACAGAAGGAAGUAGCAGUUGACUCCACCAAGGAGGAGCAGACCAAGAUCUCUACCCCUUCGAGCCUACCUGAUCCUAAGGUUUCAAUAUCAGUUCCCUUUCCAGGAAGAUUGGCGAAGAAGAAGCCGGAGGAGGAGCUCAUUGAUUUUGUGAAGAUCUUCGGUAAACUUGAAGUGAAUCUUCCCUUCCUUCAAGCAUUGAAAAUUCCUCCAUUUGGGAAGUUUGUGAAGAACUUCAUAGUUGGAAAGUCCAAGGCAACUGGAAAGAUUGUGAUGGGAGAAAAUGUUUCAGCAGCAAUCAAGAAGGAAUUACCGGCUAAGUGCAAGGAUCCAGAGUUGGUGGACACCAGAGUGGUCAUUCAGUUAGCCGAUAGGUCAUGUGUGCAUCCCGAGGGUUUACUUGAGAAUGUUCUUGUGAGUGUAAAUAACUUUGUUUAUCCUGUUGAUUUCUAUGUGGUGAGGAUGAGUUGA